AUGGUGGCUUUGCAAGCCGAGAGGAUCGUAUACUCCUUGACCUUCCCAAUGGUUCUCAAAGCUGCCUUGGAGCUUGGAGUCAUCGAGACAAUCGCUACCGUUGAAGACGGCAUUUGGCUCUCUCCUUCCGAGAUAGUGUCUCGUCUCCCAACUAAACCCAUCAACCCGGAGGCUCCGGUACUACUGGACCGGAUGAUGCGCUUACUUGCCAGCCACUCAAUCUUGAAGUGCCGUAUAAUCGAAACCGGAGAGACCGGUCAAACCGAAAGAGUAUAUGCAGCCGAACCGGUUUGCAAGUAUUUCUUGAAAGAUAGUGAUGGCUCGGGUUCUCUCUUGUCUCUAUUCAUGUUGUGCCAAAACCAUGUUGUUUUCAAGGCUUUGUCACAUCUCAAAGAUGUGAUACUAGAAGGAAAAGAUGCGUUUGUUUCUGCCAAUGGCAUGAGAGUCUUCGAUUACAUCGGUUCGGACGAACAAUUCGCUGAGAUGUUUAACCGAGGAAUGACGGAAUCUUCAACCAUGGUCAUAAAGAAAGUUCUAGAAGUUUACAAAGGAUUCGAAAAUGUUCACACUUUGGUUGAUGUAGGAGGAGGAGUUGGAACCGUACUUGGUCUAGUCACUUCCAAGUAUCCUCAUAUUAAGGGCAUCAAUUUCGACUUAGCAGCGGUUUUAGGCAAUGCUUCCCCUUAUCCCGGAGUGCAACAUGUGCCGGGAGACAUGUUUGUAGAAAUACCAAAGGGAGAUGCUAUUUUCAUGAAAUGGAUGUUACAUGCUUGGAACGACGAAAACUGUGUGAAAAUCCUCAAAAACUGUUGGAGAAGUCUUUCGGAAAAAGGAAAAGUGAUCGUAGUAGACAUGGUUAUGCCGAUAGAACCAAAGAAGAGUGACGAUUUGUCUUCUAACAUUGGACUCACUAUGGACAUGUUCAUAUUAUCACAAGUUCCGGGUGGUAGAGAAAGAUCUCUUUCUCAAUUCGAGGCUUUAUCUCGUGCUUCAGGGUUUCUUCGUUGCGAGUUCGUUUGUCGUUCUUAUUCUUUCUCUGUUAUUGAAUUCCACAAAUAG